GUGAAAUGGCGGGAAAUUGAGAAUUUAACAAUUUUAUAUACAAAAGAAAGCAACAAAAUGUACUGGUAUUUUUUGAAUAUUGUUAAAUCGUAAAUAAUUCUACUGAUACAUAGAGUCUUUGUAGUUUGAAUGAAAGAAAAAUGCUUGGAGAAAGUAAGUUAUGAUUACGUACAUCUAAAUUUUAAUAUUUUGAAGCGUUCAUAUCGUUUUAUAUGCAUUCAAAUACAUAUUUGUCCUGUCGAUUGUUAUUUCCAUUUUAUAGUACAGUGUGUUGUUACUCUGUUUACUAUAGAAUCUCGAGAUGAGUUGAAAUGCCUGAAAAGAGAGUUGAAAGCUUGGGAAAGCAUGUUCGAACGUAAACAUGACAGAAAACCAAGCAAGGUUGAGUGAUUCUUUAAAAUUAUGACACUAGUUUAAUUAAUAACAUGACUUGUGGCAUCACAAGUCAUAUUAGUGUUUAAUCACAGUGGUUUAAUACACUAUAAACACCAGGGUGCAAUGCGACUCAAUGGGUUAACUAGACACAUCCAUGGCAGAUAGGCCAGUUAACCCAUUAGCGCACUUAAGCAAGUGAACUUGACAACACGAAUGGCAUGAGUAACGUUAAUAGACUGGGUCAAGAAUGUUGGUUGGUUGAUAACGUCAAAUUUGCUCCGGUCAACAUUUGUGUUGUCAAAAAUGUCACUUGCUUAAGCACCAGUGCUUAACAAGUAUAAUUGGCUGCCAGCAUUAGACAGAGAAAAAUAAUAAAGUAGGGCGCAUCAAGGCACAAUGCGACUCAAUGGGUUAAAUAACUACACUGUGAUGCAUGAAAUCUAUAACAUUGCAUUGUAAAAGGGUAAUAAAGCAUUCACAAUGAAACAUGGGCUUACAUUCAUAUUGGCUGGAGCAUUAGUGGGUAUGGUGGGGGGGGGGGGGGGGGGGGGGGGGGAGGGAGGCUUGUAGAUGGUGGGAUAUUGUAUUAGGUAUUAUUUAAAUUGUAAAGAAAUGGUAAGUAUCUGAUUGUUAAUAAUUUUAAUUCUAUAAACUUUCCAGGAUGAUGUGAAUAGUGCUCCUGAAGAAAUUAGAGGUAAAACAAUUACCCUACUAAUUGAUAGCAAGGAGUCGUCAACAAGUAGAUUCUUUCAUCCUGCAAUCUCAUAUUUGUUGUGACAUGGGGAAGGGGUACCAAAGAAUUAUAGAUUACACUUUGAAUGACUUAAUUAUCAAGUCAGGAUAGUAAUUUGCAUGAAAAUUUAAAAUAUUGUAUAUACACAAAAAUUCUUUAUAUAACAUAUAUAUUCUUUAUAUAACAUAUAUUCUUUAUAUAAAUUCUUUAUAUUGUGUUAAUAGAAACCUAUGUGAAAUACAACAAACUUAAACAUGGUUCCAAGGACAUAAAGAAAAUAGAAACCCAACUAAAUGACAAGGUAAUGUGCUCUUAACGUAAACAUCAAAGCUUCAGAUGAGCAUAGGUAAUAUUUUCCGGGCUGAAACUGACAGCGUUGUCUUUUUAGGAGGAAAUUGAGGAUGAGGUAUUUGGAAAGGGUUUGAACAAAAGCAGGACCCCUGUUUCAGCGAAUAAAUCUGUCAGGAUUCAAAUAUCUCCCACAGAAUAUAAACCUAUAAAAUUAUGUCAUGGUCAAAGGCAGAAACCAUUAGCCAACAAACUUAAAACAAAUUUCAUGGAAAACAGUGGUCAAGAUGUCAAGAUGGUCGAGGUAGUCAUUACAUUAUAUUCAUGCAGGGCUGGUCCAGGUUCAUGAUUGUCUAAUACCACCAUCAAAUGCCAUAAAUCAUAAAAUACUCCAAGUAUGGAAUUUUGUGAGAGUGGUCAUUGGUGGCUAUACCAUCAUUGGUGGCUAUACCAUCAUUGGUGGCUAUACCAUCAUUGGUCAGUGUCAGACAAUCCACCAUUAACUAGAAUGCAUACCAAAUUGUCCAUGAUUUAUGCCACUUUUGAUAGCAGAGUGCACUUUGAUGAAAAAUCUGUGCCUCCCCUAUGCUCCACAAGCAUAUCUGCCCCUGCUAAAAUCCCUGUUGAAACAACACACAAUGUUUUCUCAACUUUAUUAUUGAUCUGCAAAGUACUGUUUUACUCAAUAUUUAAAUAUCAUGUUUUACUGCUUACAGAAUAAAAGUGAGGCAACUGUAAACAACAGUACCAUUUCUGAUGAUCUUGGGUUUUCCAUUUCAUCUGCAAAGUAAGCGCAUUUUCCAUUCAUUUCAGUUUGAUAAUGUAUUAAUGGAAGUAUUCAAAGUAAUCCAAAUACUAAUGUUAUCUUAAGUUAUCCACAGUGGCUGUGGAACAAACUAUAGAAACCUUUAUUUCUGGUUUAUUCAGGAAAGAUGUUUUAAACAAACCUGGAAUGAUGUUAGGAAAAUCUACCCUCACAAAGCGAAUGAAACGUCGAUCAGCCUUAGCUAGUGAUUGGUUGGAAAAGAACCAAUCAGAACUAGCUGAAAGCAGUUUAAAUGGAAUCGAUCCUGCCCUAAACAGGAGCAAUCAGGAAGAUGGUAACGAUUCAACACAGGGAUUUAACGAUGAAUUUGAUAACGGUAAUGGCGAUGGUUCUGUAAAUGAAGAAUUACCAAAGUCGAAUUGGUUAAAUGCUGAAAAAAUGUCCACUAAGAAUUUAAUAGAGACAGAUAAUGAGACUGGAUUCCAGGGUGAAUCAACAGUGGAUCACAAGUCAGUGAAAAAUUGUAGUCUUGAGGAAAGCCAAACGACUGGGAAUGUCUCUACGAAGCAAGCAUCCGAGAGGAACAAAUAUAAGUCCAGCAAUUUAGUGGUUACCGAUAAUAUUGAUGUCAAUAACGCUAAUUUGCUUUCGACGACUAGAAACACCAUUAAAUCUCAAAGCAUGGAAAAUAGCUGUGUUACUAAAUCUUCAUCUGAUUUGGUAGUGAUGCAUGGAAGUAUUGGAUCUCAAAAUGUAGAUAAUAACUCUACCACAAAACGCAAAAGAAGCAAAGCGGUGGAGGCCUCUUCCACAUCUGAUCAUUUAGAACCAUCGUUUGGAGAUGACGUAGAACGAAAACCGAGAAAGAAAAGAAAAACUUCUGAUGACACAUACAGGGAAAUGAACAUAGAACAGGUUGAAAAUGGAGAGAUGGAGGAAGGAGGUGAAACAGGGAAAGAGAGUGAAGAUGAACGGACACAAUCGGAGAAAAGCGGCCAGAGAAACGGUGUCAAGAAGAAGUAAGAGCUUUUUGUUUUUGUGGCGGACACUAGGGGGGGGGGGGGGGGGGGAGGGAGGAGCAACCACAAUGAUUGUAUACACAUUUCUCGGGGUUAUCCUCCGGUGUUAUUGAACUUCACUUGGAUUAUUCACCAAACCCAGCAUUCAAGUUCAACCAAGUGAAGUGCAAUAACAUCUUCAAAAACGCUUACAGAUAGGACAUGCACUCCAAAGUGUUGUAUAGAAACGAGUUAUCAGACAUUGCAAAUGAUCAAAUCUUCAUUCAUAUAAUUCAUCUCUAGAUCAUCAGGGUUGGUAAGUGAAAACUUCCGUGCGUUGAAUAUGAAAGUUCGUCGCUACUGUCGACGUGGAAAUGGCACAAAUUACGCCGCGUAUAAACGGAAAAUGUGGAAAAAAAAGCAACAAGCGAAUGAACAAGCGGAUAGUAAGAAAAAUCAGUGGAAGAAAAAGAAGAGCAAUAGCAGUGGAAGUACAAGGCGUAUAAGUAGUACAACGACUACCACGUGUUUCAAGUGUGGGGAGGAUGGUCAUUGGGUCAAGGAUUGUCCUAGGAACAAACCAGUGCGAUCUCAGGUCCCUGCUGAAAAGUAAGGAAAUAGUAUGAAAAGAGACACCCUAAUGCCAAGGGUGUCUAAUUAACUUGAAUUGUCUUUGCCAGUGUAGGUAGUGCCAAUAAAAUGAACAAGCUUUCGUUGGUAGGCAUGCAACUACCUGAAAAUAUAAGGAGAAUUUCGACGUUUCGAGCGAAGGCCCUUCUUGUAACUCCAGACGAAGGGCCUUCGCUCGAAACGUCGAAAUUCUUAUAUAUUUUCAGGUAGUUGCAUGCCUACCAACGAAAGCUUGUUUAAUUAACUACUGUUUGUAAGCUGCCGUAGUUGUGUUUGAACUAUCAAUCAGGUAGUUCAGCACUCCUAACGAAGCCAUUAUAAUAAUCUUGAGAAGAGCCUUCGUUAGAAGCGUUUUAGUCUUACAGGUACAUUUCAGACACAAACCAAAGACAGAUCCAUCAGCUGUACACCCUUAAGUUCAGUAAAGUCCAUUCCCUUAUGGUCUUCUGCAGGAAUUACUCGGGGUGUAGCCGGAGUUUUCAGUUAGAAGCAGGUGGGGCGAAAUUAAAAUCAGACUACUGCACAUUGCACUUGCAGGAACUCAAUCAUAGAAGUGACAGGUACAAUGGUAUGUCACCAGUAUCCCGUAACACCCUUGAAACGCAUGCAGUUUUGGUAGUUGUAACAAUCGUUCUGAUGUUAUAUUUAGUUGGUCCGAACCAGUUAAUGCCCCAGAAGAUUUAGAGAUCAAUGAUGAACAGUGGCAAGCAACAGAAGAGAAAUUGCAAUAUUUGGUUUCAGAUCGCUUACCUCGAUCUCAGCAUCUACCUAGUCAAGCUCCUCCAGCUAUUGAACCUCUUUAUCAGCCUGUCAAUGACCAGCCAAUUAGUAAGUAAUUAGUAUUUAAUUAGUAAGUGUUCAAUUAUCAAGUAAUUAGUGAUUAGUAAUUGUUAGUAAUUAUGGCUAAUAGGUUUGGAAUAUCGGGACAGACUUUGCAAAAUAUUAGAGGUGCGGAAGGGCUGGCUGGAUAUCAGACUUUUAUGGUUGAAACUUGAAAGUAUAUUGUGGCAAUUGUAACUUAGUUACGUAAUAUUUCAGAAACUUUAGGAAAGUAUUGGGAGGUGGGCGGUUCUGCAGUUGCAGUCGUAUGCCCCCUCCCUUAGUGUUCACUAGUGAUGUUUUGUUCUCUUGCAGGCACACCGCAAGAAGUGUAUGAUGCAUUAAAUAAGUUGGGAUUUGAUUCGUUCCGCUGUGGACAAGAGGAAGUGAUCAUGCAGAUUUUAUGCGGUAAGACAUACAAGUCAGAUUUUCCUGUAGGAGUGGUCGCUUGUUGGUCCUGUAUUGCAACAGGAGUUGGUCCUGUGUUGCCACAGGACAAAACCAUAGUUCGUAGACGUUUGGCAGAGCCAAACUUAGAGCAUUCUCGGAAAUCAUAUUUUCAUGCAACACACAAUGGUAACUGAAUAAAGGAGACAUUUCAUUUCAACUUUUUGACAAUGUUUUGUCAUAAUAUGGGAAAUGCUGAUGACUUAAACAAAGUCGAAACAUUGAAAUAAAAGAUUGUUUUUGUACGGAGUUUAAACAUUGUUGUAUAUUUUGUUACUUUAUUUAUGUUAUGUGUAGGUUUAUCAACUUUGGUCGUACUGUCAACUGGUGCUGGAAAGUCAUUAUGUUAUCAACUACCAGCUUAUAUGUACAGUAGACGUUCACCUUGUAUUACAUUGGUCAUAUCACCACUCGUCUCUCUCAUGGAGGAUCAGGUAUACCAAGAUCGUCAAAUUAGUAUUGCGCCAUUGCGCAGCAGAUGAUGGUCAACCGGCUUUGGGAUUUUUUUACAAACUUCGAAUCUUGAACAGUGGGUGAUUUGUUUUUUGCUCUUUAUUUUCCCUAGGUAGUCGGAUUACCUUUUGGUCUUCACGGAGUAAGUCUAAACACGAACAUGACAAAACAACAACGUCAAAAAGCCGUCGAUCAAAUCUGUUCCGGUAAAGCAGCUGUAGUGUUGGUUUCCCCUGAGGCUUUGGUAGGAGGGAAUUCUGGCGUGGGGUGUCUACCCCACCCCUCCAAACUACCACCGAUUGCGUUUGCCUGCAUCGAUGAAGCUCAUUGCGUAUCAGAAUGGUCACAUAACUUCAGGCCGUCGUAUCUUCGUGUUUGCAAGGUUUGUUUGUUAUUUUGAAUUUCAUUUUAUGCAUCGCGGAAUCUUGGCUCAUAUUAUUCUUCGCUUGCACAUGACGUCACUACAUGUCAUUAGGCGCCAUCUUGGUUGAUUUUAAAGUUUUGUCCAGCCGUUUACAUCGAAAUAGUUGAGUUACUUUAAUAUUUUUGGUUUGUUUUUGGAAAACAUCUUACUGUAUUAUGGAUAGUUUACGAUUUCUGGCACAAUACGACAAAGAAUGAAGAAUAGAGAUUUUUAGUUGCCACGAAAAUCAACCAAGAUGGCAUCGAUUGCAAACGAGCAAUACAGUAGAGGUUCAGGUUUCACUUCCACUACCGCUACCAUUAAGCGACCAUUAACCAAUCAUAUGCGCUUAAUAUAUCCGAUUAACCAAUAAGAUGCGUAGUAAGCCAGUGAGAGGUAGUGGUAGUCAAAUCUGAACCUCUAUGAAUAGCCCACUGUUAAAAGAAUAGUAGAAAUAGUUUGAUAAGGUUUGACAUCACGUUUGCCAGUUCAUCUAAAUGUAGUACGACAUAGCAAUGUGAUUUAAUAUUUUUUUGCUAUCAGGUUUUACGUGAACGUUUUGGUGUACGAUGUUUCCUGGGUCUGACCGCGACUGCUACCAGAUCUACUGCCUUAUCGGUAUGUGAGCACCUAGGGAUUAUUCACCGACCGGAGGCAAUCGUCAGAGGGGCUACAAUCCCGGACAAUCUUAAUCUCUCUGUUUCAUGUGACUUGAACCGAGAUAGGGUAAGUGAAAACUUUAACCAGUACUUCAGUAGAGCGCUAGUGACACAUUGUUUCUUCCAUAGUUGAGCCGGACCAUAUUAGCAGUUCAAAAAACAGAAAUCGCAAGCUAUAAUUCAUUUGACCUGCAAAAAAAAAAUAGUUUGUCGGCCAUAUUGUUUCUCUAUCGAGCCCUGGACAUAAACAUUAAAACAUAACUCCAUAUCUGUCAUGUGAAACUUGUUUGUUGUUUCUGUUAACCAGGCAAUUCUCGAACUUCUACAAGGCUCACGGUUCAGCGACUGUGACUCCAUCAUCAUUUACUGCACACGUCGAGACCAAACAGAACAACUGUCGACCUACCUGAGGACGUGUCUGCAGAAGAAUCCAAUGAAUACAAGCAGUUCUAUCACGGAUCAAAACGGAGCUGAUGAAAUGGAGAAAGAAAACAAGGAGAAGAAACGUGGAAGGAAAAGGUAGGAAGGGGGAGGGAUGUCAGGGGUGGAUCUACAGGGGCUGGCCUCUCUGACCCACCACCCAAAAGUCUGACAAACAUAAAAUCUAAGACACUUCAACCCCUACCAUCUAUGCAGAGUUUCAUGUUUUUCCUAAUUGUAGAAAAUCCGAGAAAUCAAAAUCGGGCAAAAAAUCCAUGUCUUGGCAAGCCGAAUGCUACCAUGCGGGUCUUUCAGCCGCACAACGAAAGAAAGUGCAAAAGAAAUUCAUGGCGGGAGAACUUCGUAUCGUAGUCGCGACAGUUGCGUUUGGAAUGGGUUUAGAUAAAGCUGACGUCCGCGCUGUCAUUCAUUAUAACAUGCCGAAGAGUUUUGAAAGUUAUGUUCAGGAGAUCGGACGGGCUGGAAGAGAUGGCUUGCCUUCUCAUUGCCAUGUUUUUAUUGAUCCUGAGGUAUGAAAUAUUUCUAUUUUUAUCCUGGUAGUUCCCUAUAUUGGACUUCACGUUUGAGUGUAUGGCAAGUGUAUUGGGGCGUCGGUGACGCAGUUGGGAUUUCGGUUGCGCAGUCGCAAGCUCCUUUCACCUCUGAGAUCGUGUGUUCGAUUCUCGCUACGGACUCAUGUGAAAAGAGUCAGUCAACGCUCUGCCGAACGUCGUGGGUUUUCUCCGGGUGCUCCAGUUUCCUCCCACAGGGAAAGUUGACAGGGUGGGUUAGGAUAAACACAGUUAGGAAAGUAAUUUCUCAAUUGUUAUAAAGAUAACUAGUCUUUACCAAGUUAGUAACAUCAGCGUAAUACUUGAUGUAAUCACAUAAUGUAAUAGGUAGUUUUCUCUAUCUAUAUUCAGUCUUGAUUAUCACCCUUUUCUCUUCACAUCCUCUCAAUUUAGGGAGAAAAAAAUCACUCUUUAUCCUUUUAGCCAUGAGGCUAAUUAAUUGUAUGCUUACAUUCAGUUUCUACAGCGCUGAGGAAAUGAAAAUGAACUGAAACAACACUUGCUAAAAGAGUAAUAUUCGUACAAUAGUCAUGCAUGUAUUUAAACGUUCUAGGGCAAAGACGUUCGUGAACUUCGCCGACAUGCCUACGCCAGUACAGUUGAUAGAAAUGCAAUCAAGAAACUUGUACAUCAGAUCUUUCCCACAUGUGAUUGUAAAACACUACAUGCCAACAUGAAGGAAAAGCGAGAUAGAGAACUUGCCUUGGUUAAUACAGCGGGAUCGAGCGCUAAUGGUUCGAAUGAAGGUGCGAACCAGGACUGGUUUGAUGGUGAUGAUGACAUUAUUGACCACAUGGUCGAGUUUGAGAGUCACGGCAGUAAAGAACUGGGAAUCAAUGAGGCAGAUAUCGUAGAGACUGAUACGAGUGAUAUUACCUCCAAAACCGAUGUUCACCAAACUAUCGAUGGAAACCAUAGUGAUGUUAAAGGCAUUGUUGAUAAAGUUCCCCAAGAUGAUGAUGACAUCAGAAUGAAUGACGCCACGAAAAGUGAUGACGUCACGAGCAAUGACGUCACGAAGAGUGAUCACGCCACGGAUAGUAACGAUGUCGCGAAUCGUGAUGCGGUCACGAAUGACGAUGACGUCAUUAUGACUGAUAACGGUGACGAUGACGUCAUCACGAAUGAUGAGUCGGAAGUGAUGGAUCAUCAUGAUACAGAAGAUAGUAAUGUAGGUUCUAAUCGUGUCUGUGGUGGUCAUGAAGUGGCAUUACCGAUUGAAAAAGCAGUGCAACAACUAGACAUGAAAGAAGAAGCUAUAGAAACACUGCUAUGUUACCUCGAAUUACACGCCAAACGCUGGGUACAAAUUUUAAAAUCCGUUCGUUCUACGUGCACGCUAAAGUUCUACGGCGGCCCCGCCCAUUUACAUUACGUCGCUCAACGUGUUCCCAUGGUAACCGCCGCGGUGGCGUACGCACGCAAGCGCGGGCAGUUCAAACGCAACACGAGCUGUCUGACGUUUCCAAUUCUGGAAAUCGUCGACGAGAUGGGCUGGGAUUUGGAACCGGUCAGACGAGAAUUGUACGGCCUACAGUGGAAUGAAGGCUUGAGGCUUGCUGGUGAAACCGGUUUGUCAGCCGGUCAUUCCGGUAUAAUUGUCGAGUUCACGGAUCUGGCAUUCCAUGUUCGAGCACCUGGGGAUUUAUCUGGCGAUGAGAAAGAUGAGGU